UUGAGCCAACGUCACACACACUAACUUUAUAAAAGACAGAGACUCUCCCUCUGGAUGUUGGAGACGUCGUUAACCUGCAGCAGCACACCUGGGAUCCACCUCUCUGACACCGACAGAUGAUUGUGAUCAGCUGGUCCAGUCGCCGCUGUGAUGUUUGUCUCUCGUUGUCUCCGUCUCGUCCUGCGGGACAUCCUCUCCCAGUCCUGCCUGCAUCACUUCCUGCUGGAGUUCGUAGGCACCGCCCUCUUCCUGUUUGCCAGCCUAUCAGCUGUUCUGAUAAAGGCUGACCUGAGGUUGACAGCUCCGACCAAUCACAGCCGUCCCCCUGAGGGUCCUCCACCCUCUGGGUUCGUGGCGUGUCCCCUGCAGGUUGUGUUGGUCUUUGGUCUAUCCGUUGCCAUGGUAGCGCUGACCGUGGGUGGAGCAGUUCACCUGAACCCUGCAGUUUCCAUAGCGAUGGCUCUGACCCUGAGGCUCCGCCUGUGGAGGGCAGCGCUGUAUGUGAUUGGCCAGCUGCUGGGGGGCGUGGCCUCCGCUGCGCUGCUGCUGGGGCUGAUGGGAGAUGUGGCGCCUGCCGUGAAUCAGCUGGCGUCUGGCGUCCAGCUGCACCAGGCCGUCACCGUGGAAACGCUCAUCACGCUCCAGCUGGUCCUGGUCGUCAUGGUAACCACAGAGCUCCCUCUGCCUGAGGUGGCCACGCCUCUGUUGGUCGGCCUGACUGUCAGUCUGGGUCACCUGGUGGCUGUAAGUCCCGCCCACCUGUCCGCUGGCCCUUUAAGAGCCAAUCAGCUUCUGUUUCCUCUUCAGGUCGGCGCCACAGGAUGUGGGAUGAACCCAGCGCGCUCCUUUGGUCCUGCCGCCGUCACACUCAACUUCAGGAACCACUGGGUGUUCUGGGCGGGGCCUAUUCUCGGGGCGUGUCUGGCCGCCCUCCUCAACGACCUGCUGCUGCGGCCGCGCUGGCGCUGCCCUGGAGAUUGGUGGGCGGAGCUAAAACAGCUUUAUGUGCUGACAGACAAACAGCAGCAGGGGGCGCUGUCACAGCUUCCGUAACACACCUGAGCAGCGAAGAAGCAGCAGAUCCUCCUCUUCAUCAUUGCCAUCAUCACAAACGCUUUCUAAAGAACUGGACUAAAAAUCAUCCCGGUCUUUUCCCUAAUCUAGUCCAGAUUUAUUCUCAUUUAAUGAUGCUAAAAGAUAUUUUUAAACCUGUUUACCUCACAUAUUAAGGCAUCAAUCCAACUCCAGCUGGUUCUUAAGGAAGCAGCAACCAUGCAGGCCAGAACUUUAUGAUUUCUAGUUUUAUUUUUAUUAUAAUGUCUUCAGCAUUUUAUACAACUAUGAAUAUUUUGCAAAAUAAGCAUAAAUUAUGCAAAUGUAUGAUGUGUCAGCUGUGUGUCUGAACCUGAGCUGUCAAAUAUCCAGAAGCUUGUUGUUGCAAGUAGAAGGUUCUACAUUUAAUCAAAUAUUAGUGAAAAUGUAUGCUUCUAUUUGAGCUUGUAUGUAUAAUUUUGAACCUGUGUGGAUCAAAUCCUUAAUAAAUUUAAA